AAGAACCUUAUCGUCAGUGUGUCCUGCGAUGAAAUACAGCAAAAUAAAGAUUGCAUUGAUAAAAUAUGGGCCAGAAUACAGUCAGUGUUAGGCCGCCUUUAUGUCAGGCAACUGCAAACAGCGUAUGCCCUCGAGGAACCACUCUUCGAUUGCCAUAUCAUAUUUGAAGAUCUCUGUGGAUAUAAAGUCGAAAAGGAACCCUACAUUACGGCUAUUGUUUGCUCCUCAGCUGAAAAUGCCCAACAAAUACGGGAGAUACCUGAAUCUCAACAGCAGAAUUUUGAAAGAAUCGAAUUAUCACUAGCAGGAAAUGAAGAAGACGAAAGAAAGGAUACCCAACAACAGCCGCUGCAACAACACUUCCUUCAUGAGGAUGAGAUUAACAAUAAACCUUGUUCUUUUAAGCGCAUUGCAGUAGGCGGCACUUUUGAUCACCUUCAUGCUGGUCAUAAAAUUCUUUUAACCAUGACAGCUAUUUUAGCACAACAAAGUAUGGUAGUAGGCGUUACAGAUGAUUGUAUGUUACUCAAAAAAAAGCACCGAGAAUUGAUUGCACCCACUAUGGAUCGUGUCCAUCAAGUGAAGCACUACCUUCGGACGAUUGUGAAAAGAAAUAUUCAAUAUGAUGUAGUACCUAUUAAAGACCCCUUUGGUCCCACUGUGACAGAUUCGACUAUAGACGCGUUGGUUGUAUCUAAAGAAACAUUGAAAGGCGGUGAUUUGGUAAACAAUGAAAGAGACAUGCGAGGUUUAUCGCCACUGAAAUUGAGGAUUAUUGAUGUGAUUUCAACCAAUGAUGCUUCCAUUGCUCAAAAUGAAGAUAUGGACAUAUUGAAGAUAAGUUCUAGUUGGAUUCGAGAAUACAUUGCA